AUGGACGACCAGCCAUACGCAAAUGGCGACUAUGUGCCUAACGGUACCGAGAUACACGUCGACGCUCACACCCACCCCGCUGUCGCGCUUACAUAUGAUUUGGACGCCAAACCAGGUCCUACCGACAUGAUUGUCGAUGACGAGACCCUUCACAAUCCCCACCAGUAUGCCAAUGGGCUGAAGGACGAUGAUAUUCCUAUAGACCCUGCACUUCAGAGCGAGAGCGAGGACGAGAAGGAUAAGAGGGACGAGAAAGAGGAGCGGGACGAAAGAGACGACAGAGAAGGGAGAGACGAAUGGGAGGAUAGGGAAGAGGGGUCCGAGGAUGUCCCAGGGGCCGUCAUCGGAAGAAAAAGGGAAGCGGAAGAUGAUCUUGGAGAUGAUGAAGACGAAAAGGAAGAGCAUGAGCAAGAGCAAGAGGAUGGCAUCGUUGAGGGGGACGAGAACAAUGAUGAACUUGAGGACGAAGACGGAGGAGUCGAUGCAAAUGACGCCAAGGAGGAACCGGUGCGGGACCUCGUACUGGGAGUCGAGGCUGUAGAAGAAAAGGCAGCAGGGGGCAGGCGCCAAAAAGAGCUCCGAGGAAAAAGCGGAAGUGGCUCAGAAAAGGAGAAGGCAAUCGACCCCGAUGACUCGAUCGCGGUUGCUAGACAACAGGCUAAACACCGAUUGAUAGACGAAGCUCUGGACAACCUUGACCAACAAGAGAAGGAACUUCUCAAUGGUUCUCACCCUCAACUGCUACUUCUUUGGCAAGAGGUUGCACGCCGCAAAGACGCUCAACUCCAUUGGGUGGAAGCUCGGGAAGAAGCAGCGGUUCGGGAAGUCACAAAAAUGAGAGAUCACUGGAGAGAUUCAGCCAUCACCAACUUUCACGUCGAGGUGGAGAAGAUUCAGGACGACAUGACUCACGCAAACCGGUUCAUGAUUGCCCGCCUUGCUGGAGAGCGUGUCGCUUUGAGACGGAACCCUGACGCUCUUCCCAAUCUGCGUGCAGGCCGGGGUGGCGGGGGAUGGGCUCUUGCCAACAAGCAUUUGCUCUCCAAAGACGAACAGCCCUUGGUCUCAUUUGAAGCGGACGGUCAGACUCGCCAACGCCGUUCUGUACCGAAAGACAUUACGGUGCUGUCCCAUGCCGACGCCAGAAGCGACCUCGGUAAAAUGGGAAUUCAAACCCGCUCCUUCGCACACCGAUCACCUUCUCCUCCUCCCAGACGGCACACUCCCGAUUACCCUGUACAUCACGGCCGCAGUGCCCCUGCGAAGCGUCCGCCUCCACAGGCCCAGACUGCUCCGUGGCCCCAGCACAGAGACAGGUAUCAGCCUCCUCCUCCACCGCCCAUUCUACCGCCCCAGACACAUAACGGCGGGAUGUGGGAUCGUCCCUCGAGCAUGUAUCACCACACCCUUCCUCCUCCGCCCCAGCCUUCGUCGUAUAGUGCUCGUGCGGCGCACGACUAUGAGGCUAGUCUGCGCAGAGACCGUGAUAGAGAGAGGGAAAGGGAGAGAGAGAGGGAGAGAGAGAGAGAGAGGGAAAGAGAGAGAGAGAGGGAAAGAGAGAGAGAGAGGGAAAGGGAGAGAGAAAGAUUACCGCCUCCAGGUGCUAUACCGUAUCAGCCCCCUCCCAGAACAGCAGAGCCCACGGGUCGGUAUCACUUCUGGCAACCACCAGCAGCAGGUGGACCGGUGGGCUCAAGUUCAGGAGCACCCAAGGCCGUGCCGCCGCCAAUGGGGUACUACUCGGCAUACCCGCGGACUACAGCACCCCCGCCUCCGCCUGGCAUCGGGCUCCCACCACCGACUAGACUUUGA